CACCUCUCCAUUGCAGUGAUCCGAGCAAAGGCUGUCUCUGCGAAAGAGGUGGAUUCGGGGAAUGAUAUAUAUGGGAAUCCGAUCAAACGAAUCCAGUACGAAAUCAAGCAGAUCAAGAUGUUUAAGGGCCCCGACAAGGACAUAGAGUUCAUCUACACGGCUCCAUCCACUGCUGUGUGUGGCCGGCUGCUGGACACCGGCGGGGAGAAGGGGGAUCUCAUCCCAGGCAAGUCAGAGGGCAACGGCAAGAUGCACAUCACGCUCUGCGACUUGGUCUCCACCUGGGACUCGCUGAGCCCGACCCAGAAGAAGAGCCUAAACCAGCGGUACCAGAUGGGCUGCGAGUGCAAGGUAUUGAGAUGUCGUCGUACUGGACCAGUCUGGGCAAUUUCAACGUAUUAA